AUGUUUGUCUCGCCUUCACGACUUACUCCGCAAAAGAAGGAGUUUUUGUUCUAUCCGAAUAAGAAUGGGAUGUUGGUUACGGGUUUACAUCAGGGCACCCUUAUUAUCAGGCUACGCGGCAUGGGUCCUGCUGUGGCAGCUACUCGUCAGGUCUACAAAAUCGACAGUCUGACUAGUGACUCGACGAGUAUCCGUGCACAGAGGGGAGAACGAACGACCAGAAACUUUCUCUCCAGCAUCGUCUGGAGAGGAACUGAGCCCAUGUCGCUGAUGGUAUCUACAGUGGACAUCUCGACGGACAUAUCCGUGCCUGGACACCCCAGCUAG